CCUGAAACUUUUCCCCAGCAACAAAACGGAGAAGUUUACGCACAGACUGGCUGCUAUCUGUUUUAUGUCAGGAUGUUUCACUUUUUUGUUUAAAUUUUUGCUGAUCUGAAGCGACAUCCAAUCAAUUUGAGAACAAGAAUGGAUUCAAAGGCGGCUAAAAAUAAGGCUCCGGGCCAAUUAAGACGAUCGUUAAGGCGGACGGGCAAAGUACUUGUAGUUGAGCCAACUCCAAGGGGUCCUCUGAAAAGGACCAGAAAGAAGUCAGAACCUCAGUCAUCGGCAGAAGCUAAAGCUGCAAAAAAUGUGGAGAACGGCUUGGAUGAUGAAGAGUCUCCUACCAAGAAGAGACGGUUGGAUGCCAGAGAGGAACAGGGUGACAACCUUAGCGAUGAUGAGAUGGAAGUCCAGGAAUCGGUCAAAGACACAGAGAACGGCGAGGACCUGGAAAUGGAUGUGGUUGAGGAGCCAUUAAAAGAAACCAGUCAACCAAAAACUUACAACGACCGCUAUGAAAUGAUGAACCUUUCCCCUCGUGUCGUCCUUCAUAAAUCCAAACCCUCCCUUUCUCUCAAUGAAGAUUCGCAAGGAACAAAGACUAAAAAAGCUGAAGUAAAAGCACCUUCAUUGCCCAACAAGGCUCAUUCACACGUUAAACCAGCAGAGAACAGGCCUGCCGUGCCGAUCACCAGCAUGGAUGAGUAUAGAAGAAAAAUGGAGGCCAGGGACGCAGCCACAUCGUCUCUGGUUGAAUCCAGACCUAACCAAGUCUUCCAAAGUGUGUACUCAACUUCGGAGAAAACGCACCCAAGCCUCCUUCACCCACGUGUAAACAACAUUCCUGAUCAAAAAAAGGCAGAUGGUCUGACAAAACAAGAUGAAAAAAAGAAAAUGGCUGGGACUCAAAUAAGCUCUGGAAAUUCUUGUAGAGGGUUUUUUUGGUAUUUAUGGCACUUGGUUUUGUUGGUGCUGCUCAGCUCUGCCACCCUGCUGGCUUACCGGAUCCUCCCUGUGCUGCAGAAUAAAGCAGGAGGAGGAGGAGGACGACAACACCGAGAAGCGAUACCAGAAAAGUUUUCUGACAGCUUGUCAAACCUCCAGUCUCAAUUCCCAAGUCAGCGAGAAGAGCUGUGGAAGAGAACCCAGAUCCACCUGGCGAAGCACCUUAAAACUGCUGAACCAACCGAGCCAGUGAGUCUGAUCUUGGUAGCAGGUCGUAAGGCAGAGAGGACUCUGCUGUGCUUGGCUCGGGGCCUGGCCUCCACCUACUCAUCUGCCCUUAAUGGCUCUGCUCUCCUCAUCGAUGGGGCGAGUAAAGCCGGCCAGGACAGCGACAAGGUAAAGCUGGACGUCGACAACCAGCUACAAGCGGCUUUUGAGGGAGACAAACCAGCGGUGGUCAUCCACCGCUUUGAAGAGCUGCCUCCGGGUUCCACCCUCAUUUUUUACCGUUACUGUGAUCACGAGACCGCCGCCUACAAGCAGGCGUUCCUGUUGUUCACUGCGCUGCUGCCGCAAGACGAGGUCGGCAGCGAGCUGAACCUGAAGGAGGUGGAGGAGCUGGUGCAGAGCCACGUGGAGGCAAAGCUGGUGGACUCUGUAAGCAAAGCCUCCUUCAAUGAAAUGGACAUUGACAAGUUCGGCGGACUGUGGAGCCGCAUCUCCCAUGUGAUUCUGCCUGUGGUGUCGGAAGUAAAGCAGGAAGAAUGCCAAUGAGUUAUUUUUUUGUUUUAUUUUAAUAAGGAUGCGGUGAUAUGGGUACAAUGACCAGAUAUACCACAGAAAUUUGUCUUUUUAGACAUGUUUUACACACAGAUUUUCUUUAAAAUGUUUGAAGGACGCAUUGACAAAUGAAAACCUACUGAAGUUGCAUUUUUUUUGUGUUGUCAUGAUUUUUUUCCCCUCUUUUAAAGAUCAGAUCUAACAACAUUAUAUAACUUGACGUUGACAUAUACAGGAUGUUUUCCCACUCGAUUUUGCUGUAGACAACAACUUCUCCUUUUGUUUUGUCCCUUUUUAGAAAAAGGGACAAAACAAAAGGAGAAGAAUUCUCCUUUUGACAAAACAAAAGGAGAAUUCUUUUUGAACGUGUCUGUUUGCUUUAAGCGUUCUUUUCCAGAAUACUGGAUUUUACUAAAACAAGCAUUUUUUUGUGUGAUGUUUCAUCGUAAGAUGUAUUUUGUUGAUAUGCUUCUAAGAUUUGCUUAUUUUUUAAUAGUUGUAUGUAUAUAUACUGUAUGCUGGAUAUGAAAAGGAUCAAAAUGCCAGGAAUCCUGUUUAAAUGAGGUAGAUUUUUUAAAAAACCUACGGCUUUAUGUGAGUUUUUUUUUUUUUUUGCAAAAAUAUUUUUGAUUGAAUAUGUCAAAUACAAAAUGUGCCUUAAACACACAAACUAUUUGAUCAUCCCAAUAUUCAUAAUCUGUCUCAUACCAUAGCAGGCCGGCAUCACAACUAUGGUGUUUUCUCAGAAGUGUGUCCAAACAGUACUUAAUUGAUAUGUAAUAUAGGUUUUAAUUCUUGUCUUUCAAUUUUGUUGUAUUAUCUCUCUGAGGUAAUUUUUUCUGUGUAUUGCUCAUAUGAAUGUUUGAAUAUUUUCAAUAAAGAUUAUUUUGAUAUUCAGUCAGUUGUCUAAAGCUUUAAUUAAUAUCGAAUCGUUUAUUUCAGCAAUUCAGUAAAAAAAAAAAAAAAAAAAAAAGAAAGUGGUGUAUAGAUUCAAAACACACAAAGUGACAUCUUCCAAGUACUUGUUAU